AUGAAGGACGAUGCCAACAGGGUAGGUCAAGCAAGCCCCGCAGAAGACGUCGAAAGCAGCAUCGGCACCACGGAGGUGGAAGACAAAGAAGUUAUCCCACAGCCAACGCCAGAGAACUUUAUUGGCCGCGUCCUCAGCAAGACCACCACUCGAGUGUCCGUCGACCCAGGACCACCACCAGAUGGCGGUCGACGAGCCUGGACACAAGCCGUGAUGGGCCACUUAGUCGUCUUCAACGUCUGGGGCUACAUCAACUCCUUUGGGGUAUUCCAAGCCUACCACGUUUCCAACCUCCACCGAGCCCCCUCCGAUAUCUCCUGGGUCGGCUCCGUGCAGAUCUUUCUCCUAUUCUUCAUCGGCACCUUCUCAGGGCGAGCCACGGAUUACGGUCUCUUUCGCCUUACAUUCCUCAUCGGCUCGAUUCUCUUCCUGCUAGGCGUAUUCAUGACAAGCCUCAGCACGACGUACUUGCAACUAUUCCUCGCCCAAGGGGUGUGCACAGGGAUAGGGCAAGGCCUACUCUUCUGCCCAGCCCUCUCGCUGCUUUCCACCUAUUUCACCAAAAAUCGCGCAGUGGCCAUUAGCAUUGCUGCCUCCGGCACAGCCACUGGCGGCAUUGUCUUCCCAGUCAUCGUGCAACAACUCCUUCCCAAAAUCGGCUUUCCCUGGACUGUCCGUAUAAUAGCCUUUGUCAUGCUUGCUGUACAAAUCGUAACCUUCACCUUCCUAAGAACACGUCUCCCUCCCCGGAAAUCAGGUGCGCUGGUAGAAUGGGCCGCCUUCACUGAAUUGCCCUACCUCCUAUUCUCCAUCGGCAUGUUCUUCUGCUUCUGGGGCCUGUACGUCGCAUUCUACUACCUCCCAUCCUUUGGCCGGGACAUUCUAGGCAUCACAUACAAGGACAGCAUCAGCAAUCUCCUCAUCCUUAAUGGUGUCGGCUUGUUCGGCCGCAUAUUCCCCGCCUUUUUAGCGGACAAAUUCUUCGGGCCUCUCAAUACUCUCAUCCCCGUCAUGGCGGCGGCAGCGCUAUUACUCUAUUGCUGGUCGGCAAUAUCCACUCCUGGUGGAUUGACCGCAUUCUCGGUCUUCUAUGGCUUAUUUGGUGCUGCUAUACAAGCCUUAUUUCCGGCCACACUGGCUUCUCUAACGACGGACAUCAAGAAGGCAGGCGUCAGGAUAGGUAUGGUGUUCAGUGUCGUUAGUUUCUCCUCGCUGACCGGCCCGCCCAUGGCUGGUGCAUUAAUCUCGGAUCGCCACGGGAGUUACCUGUAUGCCCAGAUGUUUGCAGCGACUGUCAUGGUUGUUGGGUGUCUUACGUGUUUGGCUAGCAGAGUCACACAGCUUGGAUGGCGAAAGGGCCGAGUAUAA